GUUUUCGUGGUAUGCUAAUUUCGGUCUCGAUUUGUAUUGUUACAAUUACGCAAUCGGCCGUGUUUAAGUGUGUGAAUCAGAAGAAUCGGAUCGACCUUGACUAUGGUGCUGGACAGACGACUCGCCGUACGCUCUUGACUGGCAGGAGUAUCCUUGAAUAUCGCCGGACACGUCGCUGUCUGGAGUCAAUCAAUCUUCUUCCAUGCGUCAGGUUGUUGACAGUUGGAACUUUUUCGAAUGAUGGUUUUGAUAUCUUCUAGAUAGGAGGGAUUGCCGAAAGAAUUUUUAAAAUCAACCGGUAAGGAUUUCGUUCAAAAUUUGUGGUGGGUGGUUGCUCAUCUAGAAGGGUAUAAAUAGCGAGCUGUUUGCUAGAAGACGAUACAGUUUGUCAACCAAGCAGUAAACCAAUCACAACCAACAGAAAUGUUCGCCAAAAUCAUCUUCUUCUGCGCCCUGGCCGUCGCAUGCAUUUCCGCCAAGCCGCUGGUGACCUACUCGGCACCUCUCGUGGCGAGUCCAUCGCUGGCCUAUGCUUCCCCGUAUGCAGUCGCCUACAGCGCACCCCAAACUGCUGGAUACACUGCUGCUGCCCCGCUGACCGCCGCUUACACCGCUGCAUAUCCGGCAGCCUAUUCUGCGGCGUACACCGGCCUGCCUUAUGCUGCCUACAGCUCGGUUGUCCUGUAAGCGUCCUCGUUCGGGGAGAAUCAGCACAGGACUCACAGGAACAUGAUCUUUGCUUGAACACUUAGACGGAUUGGACAUACGCUUUGGAAUCAUUAGAAGUAAUAAAGGCACUGUUUAACUUGAAA